CCUAUGCAAUUUCAAUGUAAACAAUUACUUUUCAAUUGUUAUAAAAUCGGAUGAUGGUGGCAACGUUGACAGUAGUGACGAAGUAAAUGGUAUAAAAAAUGCACGCCGGAAGGGUCUGCCGCUCGAUGAUCCCAUUUUUUACCGUACUCCACUGGACGGUCUAUUUCCGACAGCUGCGUUUAAUCGAUUAUGAUUUAUUUAUCGAUUUUUCUAUGCUCUAGUUAUUGAUUGCUAUGUUUCUUUGAAAAAAGUGCAUAUUUUUACACUCUCUAAGACUGAAUCAAUGAGUGCACACUAACAUACAUGUAUGAAAUAUUAUUCUUUUAAACGGAUUCUUUUAACCAGACAUAGUUCUAAAAUACAACGGAAGAAACCACCUUUGAAAAUACAAAAUACAUUUGCAACCGGGCACCAUUGUUGACCUACAUCCUGCGACUAAGCUCGCAGAGGCACGCGUAAGAGAGCGAAUAAUCAAUUUAUGUCCCUAUAUGUAGAUGAUAAACAAGCCCUAGCAACGGCAGGUAUUUGAAUUCACUCUGAGGACUUUUUUCCCUUAUGCUAGUGUGAUUUCUGCACAAGUUUGGAGCAGACUCGUCCCAGCACAAUUAAUACCAAGCCAUCGCUAUAAUUUCCUAUUCCUCUUUUUCCAGUUGAAAUUUUUCGCGUGCGCUUCGCGUUUGAAAAACGUGAUAUUAGGACCAACUGACAAGUAGAACUUCUGCGAAGCAUAAAGCUGCGCUCGCGGAACUGGCGAGCGCCAGCUUAAUCGUUACUCGGUAUUAUACUGCGCGAAAAUAUGGAAUAUAGAACCGCGAGGGAGGUAACCGAAGCUUCAGUACUCGAGCAGCCCUCGACGAUGUAAGCUAAGCUAUCGAGGUAGAAGUUGGCGCCAGUGGCUCUGCUUAUCUACUAGCACUGCAUUGCGCUUGGAGUUUCGAAUUUUUUCGAAGUUUCAAAGAGGAAUCGUAUAUAAAAAAUGGACGAAAAGACAAUCGACUCGAUCUUCGCGGGAUCGUUAAAGUCCCUGCCACCGGUCAGCUCGAAGAUCGUUCGGAUCUUUACGAGCUCGACUUUUACAGACACGACGAUAGAGAGGAAUACCUUGAUGGAACAAUGUUAUCCAAAAUUAAAAGAUUACUGUCGUGAAAAACAUGGAUUAGAAUUUCAGGUCGUGGACAUGAGAUGGGGUGUGAGAGACGAGGCAACGGACGAUCACAUGACGACAGAGCUGUGUAUGCGAGAAAUCGAGAACUGCCAGAGGCUGUCUAUGGGCCCGAACUUUGUGGUUUUUUUGGGGCAAAAAUACGGGUACAGGCCGAUACCGACCACGGUGCUGAGUUCGGAACUUGAGCUGUUGAGGACUGAACUAGAUAGCCAGGGAAUGGAUGUCAGUGUUUUCGAUCUUUGGUACAAAAAGGACAAUAACGCUGUGCCACCAACCAGUAUUCUUCAACCGAUUUCUUCUAUUUUAAAAAAUUUUAAUAAUAAACGAAUUCCCAAAUUGCAACUAGAGGACCAGAGCACUUGGUGGGACACUAUGGCAAAAAUGCAGAAACUUUUCAGAAAAGGCGCACAGUCUUUGUACAACAACGGUACAUUUGACAAGCCAACCAUGCACAAUUACUUCAUGUCUGUAACCGAGCGAGAGGUGAUCAACGGAAUUUUAAACGUAAAGAACACGAAGAAUCAUUGCCUUGCUUAUUUGCGUUACAUUAACAAUAUCAACUUGCAAAAUUUAAGAAAAGCUGGUAAUUAUGUGGAUAUUAUAAACAGGAGUUUAGACAAUGAAGCGGCGAGACUACUUGCCGAUCUUCGUGAUGUUAGAGUACCAGCUAAGAUUGAGAGCGUGAACCUUCAAAAAUACACAGUAGAAUGGAUAGGAAGAGACGGACUGACUACAGAAACGCAUGGGGAGUAUUUGCAACAUUUUAUAACGCACUUUUAUCGAAACAUAAUCAAACUGGUUGAUCGAGCAAUGAAAAAGGAGGAUAGUUCAGCGCAGGGACAAAUUAUUACGGAGAUACUCCAGCAUUUACAUGCUUGCAAUAAUUCUGUUAAAGUUUUUUACGGCCGCGAAGACAGUUUGGUAAGGAUACAGAAUUACAUGCUGGGAGAUAGCGAUAAGCCUCUGGUUCUGUACGGCGAGGGUGGAUGCGGCAAAACUUCGCUUCUAGCAAAAAGCGCGGGACUUUCAAAUACCGUCUGGUUGGCGGGAAAGAAACCGAUCAGCGUAAUCCGCUUUCUUGGUACGACGCCCGAUAGCAGUGCACUUACGCCGACUCUUAUUUCGAUUUGUCAACAGAUUUCUUAUAAUUAUAUGCUACCAUUCGAAGACAUCCCGGAUGAUCUGGUGCCGUUGACGGCACACUUCAAACACCUGCUAACACUCGCUACCCCAGAACAACCGAUUCUUCUCUUUCUCGAUAGUGUCGACCAACUGACCGGUGUACAGGGCAAUAAACUGUCCUGGCUACCAACGAGGUUACCGGCGAACACGAAAAUGAUUCUUUCCUGUGCCGCCGAGGAAUCAAAUCCUGUUAUCUCUAGGGACUACCAUUUACUCAGAAGAAUGAUCGACACCGAUUCAAGUUUCAUCGAAGUCACCGCACUUGGCGAGGAAUUGGCGAUGAAAGUAAUCAUAUCAUGGAUGGAAACAGCACAUCGAGACUUGAACAACUACCAAUGGCGCUUAGUAGCCAACGCGAUUUCCAAAUGCUCGCUCCCCAUCUUCGUAAAACUCGUCUUCGCGGAGAUCAAGCGUUGGCGCAGCUAUACGAAACCCGCAGACACGCACCUGGCCAACACCGUCAUGGACAGCAUCAUGAUGCUCUUCGAGCGUAUCGAGAAACAGCAUGGAAAAAUCCUGGUUUUCCACGCUCUGGCCUACAUCACCGCAGCUAAGUCCGGACUAUCCGAGUCCGAACUCGAGGAUCUCAUAUCGCUGGACGAUAAGGUUCUCGACGACGUUUACCAAUAUCACUUGCCACCGGUGAGGAGGAUCCCGCCGUUGCUUUGGACGAGGAUCAGAAACGAUUUGCCAAAUUAUCUGAGCGAAAGGGAGGCUGAUGGUGUCAGUGUGUUGAAUUGGUACCAUAGGCAGUUUAGAGACGCUGCCAAGGAGAGAUACUUUAAGAAUAUGAAUCUGGCGACGUAUUUUCACUCGAUGAUCGCAGAUUAUUACCUGGGGAUUUGGGGUGGCGGUAAGCCCAAGCCUUUCAAGUUUACGGAGAUACAGAGGCAUAGAUUUAAUUUACAAGAUAAAGAGGGUGUUGCGGAUCGAAAAGUUCCUGAGCAGCCUCUCGCUUUUUACUCAAAAGAAGGAAAAAUAUCUCGAUACAAUCUCAGAAAAUUCGGUGAGCUGCCCUAUCACUUGGUACGUGCCCACAGAUUUAAGGAUCUGUUCGAAAACGUUCUCUUCAACUACGAAUGGCUGCACGCAAAACUUAGUUCCUGUCCGCUUCAAGCGGUUCUAUCGGAUUUCGAAGACGCUUGUUGCAAUAUUGAAGAUCAAAAUUUAGUAAGGGAACUGAUGUUGGUCGCGGAUGCGCUGCGUCUCGGAGGUGCUAUCCUGGGAAAUCACCCGGACAUGCUCGCCCCGCAAUUGGUGGGCAGGUUAUUACCAGAGAUCGGAAACAACGUGAACGUGCGCAUGUUGCUCAGGGCUUGCGACACUGACGGUGCAAAAGACUGUGCUCUACUACCCCUGUAUCAUUGCUUGCAUACACCUGGUGGUCCAUUAAAAUAUUCUUUGGAAGGGCAUCAAUUUGCUGUUUUCGGAUUUUGUCUGACUUCCGAUUAUCGUUACGUAGUUUCCAUAUCGAACAAGUUUAUUACUUGGGAUUUGAGUACCAGUGACAUGACGAGGGACGUCAAUCCGGGAAUCGAGGGAAUAAUGCAACAGUUGGUUCUGAGUCCGGACAACAGAUACGCGGCUGCGUUUACUAGUAAUAAUCAGUCAGUGGUGCUAAAUACGUUGACGAGUGAAUUCGUCAUAAUCGACAAUCCGUUACCGGAGGAGGAAUCAGUAUGCGGUGUUUAUCUGAUGAACCAAUUUGCGUUUAUAUACGGGAAAACUGGCUGGUGCCGAUUCGAUUUGCGAGGAAAUUUGAUCAGUAGUCAUACGAGCCCGGAAGAUACGAAUCAACGGUCUAUUUUGGAGUUGGAAUAUACAACGUUGGACGAUUAUAGAAUAAUUUUUUGGACUGGAAAUAUUGAAGACAGUACGAUGUUAUUACAUACUUAUCAAAAUAAAACAUCGUUGGAGCCUUUCCAAUUUCACAGUGCCAUGGUGAUGACAAAAGAUAAAAAGACAUUGUAUGCUUGUACAACAAAAGACAUUUAUCAAGUGACAAAAUAUGUAAUCGAGGAAUCGUCUUCUCAAUGGGAAAAAAUAGUGGAUAUGCCUAGAGCACAUAAUGAUGAGGUUGAGUAUAUGCUGCAAUUAAAAUUGUGUAAAGAAGAAGACACACUUUUGGCUACAACUGGAAAUGGAUUUGUAGUUUGGUUUUUGGAAAGCAAGAGUAAGGCUAUGGUUUUGAUGCUCCCCAAUGGAGUUAGAAAUAUUAGUACAAGAAUGAUGUGUUCAAAUUCAAUUAUGAUCAGUGGUACAAAAAAUUAUGCAGUGGCUGGUGUUAGAAAAAACUUGUAUGUUUGGAGUUUGGAAACAACUGAAUUAGUCAAAGUUUUGGAUGCUCAUUUUGCUAGAAUUAUUCAACUCGAAGCACUUACAGUUGGUAACUGGAACAGUGUGAUUACUUCUAGUAUCGACAGAAGUGUUAAAGUUUGGAAUAUAAACAAUAUUUUUGAACAAGUUCAUGUCAUUGAUAGACAUGAAUUGCAAAUAGACUCGAUAAGUUUAGCAGAGCACUGCAAUCUUGCGGUGACAGUAACAAGAGGCUGUGUGGGAGUAUGGGAUUUACAAUCUGGCAAAUUAAUUUCAAAACUGGCUGACAGUCCAUUAGGUGCCAUAGUUACUCAUGCUUGCAUAACUCAUGAUGGAAAGUAUAUCAUUUCAACUGAAUCAGGAAAUGUUCUUAUUUGGAACCGUAUUACAGAGCAAGUUUUAUUUAAGGAAGAACAAGCAGAUGUUAGGCAAUUGAUGCUUGUACAAGAUGGUUCUAAAUUUGCUACAGUAUCCAGACCAAGCAAUCCUCCUGGUGUUGAAUCAACAAAAACUACUGCAAUAUUUAUCAUGCAAAGCAUACCAGAUGGAACCACAUUAUUUACUUUUGAUUAUCCUGUGAGGAGUAAUAUUGGUACUCCAUUUAGAGAAGUUGUCAUAACAUCUGAUGCCUCACAUCUUGUUGUACCAGCUGCUGAGAAAGGUACCAGGGACUGUGUUAUGGUGUACAACGCCAAAACUGGUCUUAAUAUCAGUAAAAUUCCAAUAAAAAUACCAGGAUUUAAGGAUAUUAUAAGUAUUGUUCCAAUGCCAAAUAAAGCUCAGUGGGUGGGUAUUAUUGGUUCUGAUAAGGGUAGUAUUUUAGAUAUUAUUAAAAAAAAAAUUAUAAGGUCCAUUCCAAAGUGGAGUGGAAAUAUAAGUAAGGAUGGAAAAUAUACUCUUUAUGCUCCUAGCAGAGGAGGCUUAGAAUUAAUCGAGCUAAAGAAGGGUACAACUGUGAAAACAUACAUUCCAAAAGUAGCUGAAGGAGUUUUUACAAUUAUUUCAAUGUUUAAUCGAACAGAUGAGUUUGUGCUCUAUUAUCACAGCGGGAGAAAAACUAUAAGAGUAUUUAGGUCCUCUGAUUGUGAAAUGAUAGCAAACUAUCGAGUACAGGCUGAAUUAAGUGCCAUAGACAGUACAUAUGACGGCAGGGGAAUUGUUUUAGGAACUGUUGAUGGUUGUGUUUCUGUACUAGCAAUAGCAGACACAAAAAAACCAGAAAUGAAAGAAUAUCUUGCUAAUCUACCCUCCCGCGAUGAAAAGUGGAAAAAACGUAUGGAGAAACAGCGUGCGGCGAUAAAGUUUAAGGCAGCGGCUCGCAUUGCUCGUGUUACGCACGACUUGACAAACAUCGUGCGAAUAGAAAAUGUUUCUAACGCAUCCAACGAACCGGAUGACGACCAGGACGAGAACGAAAGUUGAAUCGAUCAUCCCAGAUCGCACUGUGCCAUCGGCUGUGCGGUUAUCGUUGUAAAGAAAAAAAGAAAAACAAAUGAAAAUUUAACUCCAUUGUAUAAGAUACUAUGAAUAAAAGAUUUAAUAUAUUGCGUA